UAAUUAUCAACUAUAAAGAACGAUAUCUGUGGUCAUAUCACUCACUUACCUAGACAUAACCAGCGAAACCUACGAGCCACCAUCAAUGGAGUUUAUGCUUAUUGCUCUUGGUUUGUUCUUAACCUACGCUCUUACUCGAGCCACACUCUCAAUUUUUCAAGUCGGCAAACCCAAGAAUCUACCACCAGGCCCAACCCCGUUGCCGAUCAUCGGAAACCUCCACUUGCUCGGCGACCAACCACACCAGUCUCUAGCCAAGCUAGCAGCUAUACAUGGCCCAAUCAUGUUCUUAAAACUUGGUCGUAUCUCGGUCCUAGUCAUCUCCUCCGCCGCUGCCGCCAAAGAAGUCCUCCAAAAGCAAGACCUAGCUUUCUCCUCCCGCCAUAUCCCCGACGCCCUCACCGCCCACAACCAUUCCACUUACUCCGUGGUCUGGCUCCCUGUCGCCACCCAGUGGCGGAGUCUCCGCAAGUUUCUGAACACCAACAUCUUCUCCAGCAGCUCCCUUGAUGCUAACCAGCACUUACGGAGCCUGAAAGUGCAAGAACUGGUUGCAUACUGCCGGAAAGCCAGCCACUCCGGAGAUUCAGUCAACAUCAGUCGAGCUGCUUUCAGAACCUCACUGAAUCUCCUAUCCAACACAUUUUUCUCCAAGGAUUUAACAGACCCGUAUGAGGAUUCUGGUAAAGAGUUUAAGGAGCUGGUUGGAAACAUGAUGGAGGAGGCCGGGAAGCCAAAUCUUGUGGACUUCUUUCCGGUGUUGAAGAAGAUCGAUCCACAAGGGAUCAGGAGGAGAUUGACUCUUUAUUUUGGGAAGGCUUUUGAGAUUUUCGAGGAAUUGAUUGAAGAGAGGUUGGGGAACAGAUCGAAGCAGGAUGAUGUAUUAAAUGAGUGUUUGAAAUUCAGUGAAGAGAAUCCAGAUCAGAUGAAUCCAACACACAUCAAGAGCCUGCUUUUGGAUUUGUUUGCCGCUGGCACUGAUACAACUUCAAGCUCAUUAGAAUGGGCAAUGACAGAAAUACUAUGCAAUCCAUACACCAUGACUAAAGCCAAAGAGGAGCUCGAAGAAUUUAUUGGUAAAGGGAAAAUGGUAGAAGAAUCUGACAUAUUAAGGUUGCCUUACUUAGGAUGUAUCUUGAAAGAAACCCUGCGUAUUCAUCCACCAGUCCCCUUCUUGAUCCCACGCAAAACUCAGACCGAGGUCAAACUUAACAACUACAUUGUGCCAAAAGGUACCCAAGUUCUAGUUAACGCAUGGGCCAUAGGACGGGACUCUACCUUAUGGGAGGACUCAUUGAAGUUCAAGCCAGAAAGGUUCUUGACCUCAAGUCUUGAUGUUCGGGGUCAUGAUUUUGAACUAGUUCCCUUUGGUGCUGGACGUAGAAUUUGUCCUGGUAUGCCACUUGCAAGCCGUGUGCUUCCAGUGAUGUUAGGAUCAUUACUCAAUAAUUUCAAUUGGAAGCUUGAUAGUGGAUCGGAACAUAUCGAAUUAGACAUGAAUGAGAAAUUUGGAAUCACCUUGCAAAAGGCAAACCCUCUUUGUGUUUUUCCGAUUCCUAUAAAUUAACAUCUAUCUGGUUAUAUGAUUUACUUGUGUUUGUUGUUUUUAUGAACCAUUGUAUCAUAAUAAUUCUCAUAUCAAAUAAAUAAGGCUUGUAAUGCAAUUACAUUUUAA